AUGGAAGUAGAUAAACUCGGCUAUUCUUACCAGGAUAUCGUUUCCAGCACUAACGCUGAUUUCACUGCCCAAAAAGCCUACGAAGAACUGAAAAAGAAAAUCUUGGGCAGUAUUGACGAGACCCUCGGUCUAAACAAAGAUACGGACAGCGAAACCAUUAGUAAAUGGGUUAACUUUAAGGAAUACAACACUAGCGAAAAGAUUGAGGCUUUAUUGAAAGACCUUUACGAAGCCACUCCGGAACCCAGCAAAGAGGGCGAGCAACCAGCCGGGAAAAAAAUCAAAGCCGAAUUCUUAACUUUCAUUGGCAAGCCCACUCUCCAAGAAUUCCUCAAGGAAAAGUCGCCCCAAGAAGUGGUCGCUACCAUUCGGCGAUUUGAGCUAAAAGACCUAACCGAAGAAGCCAUUAAAGCCAAAGAACCCAAAGGCACUGAAAAAGAGUUUGAAGCCAACAAAGAGCAAAUCAAAGCGGAACUAGAAACCAUUCAAGCUAAACUAGAAGAGAUUGAAAAAGUCGGACAAACCCUGACUGCCGAAGAAGGGAAAAUUAAAACCGCGGUCGCCGCUCAAUUGGCCCACCUUGCCACUUUAAAAGGUGAGGAAGCUCCUAAACCUAACAUUGACGUUGGGGAAAAACCAAAAGCCGAAGAGAAAGAAACUACAACCAAAACCCAAGAACCCGCGAAAAAAUUCCCCCAAUGA